AUGCCGGAAGAAAAAACAUCUGAAGUUACUAAUGUCAACAAAAGAAAGAAAAAAAACGAAGAAAUAAACCCUGUACAUAAGAAAAUGAUUAAGUUUAUGAAAACGUUAGAAAAAGAUGACGAUAGUAGAAUGAUGUCUUUUUCUAAAGGUAUAGCUCCUAGCGUGGAACGCUCCAAAGACGAAGUUAUUGUUGAAUUCCAGUAUCAAGUAUUUAAUAUUAUAAGAAAGAUUCUAUAUAUAAAUAGUUAUAGCGCUCCACAUCAUUCACGCAAAGCAGAUGCAAUUGACACCCCGGCACACUACGGAUACAAUACUGCUGCUGGACCCAGAACGAGAGUUUAA